CUUUCUUGAGUUUUUCUCUAGAAUUGAGUUUGGUCAUUUAAUUGUUCAAAAAAUGAGUUCCUUGUGUAAUAAUAAACAUCUAAAAAAGAUUCAUGACCAAAAUGGCAUUUACACUCAUCCAAUUCCAAAUCACCUCUCUUAUCUCUGGAAUCAGCGAGUCUCUUCCUCUUCUCAUCGUCUGGCCGUCGCAAGUAAAAAAAUGUCGGCCUCCGUACAUCUCACUACACAUAACCUCGCCGCCUUGAAAUCCACCGCGGGGACGACCCGACGGAACUCCCAGCGAGUCCCAAUCGGCUCAGCCCGGUGCUCUGUCUCAACAGCUGAGACUGAGGAUUCAUCCAGAAGAACGGCCGAGGCGGAGGCCCGACGAGUGACGCUGAAGAACGGCGGCGAUUCGCUGGAUAUAAGCCGAGUCCUUAACGGCAUGUGGCAGACGAGCGGAGGCUGGGGAGCAAUCGACCGGAACGGCGCCGUUGAAGCCAUGCUCCGGUACGCCGACGCCGGGCUUUCCACUUUCGACAUGGCCGACCACUAUGGUCCUGCUGAGGAUCUGUAUGGUAUGUUUAUCAACAGAGUUCGCAGAGAGCGUCCGCCAGAGUUGUUGGAGCAAAUUCGAGGGCUUACUAAGUGGGUGCCUCCACCUGUUAAGAUGACCAGCAAUUACGUGAGGGAGAACAUCAACCUUUCCCGCAAACGAAUGGAUGUGUCGUCCUUGGACAUGCUUCAGUUCCAUUGGUGGGAUUACUCCAAUUCAGGUUACCUUGACGCCCUUAAACACCUAACAGACCUGAAAGAGGAAGGUAAAAUCAAGACUGUGGCAUUGACAAAUUUCGAUACAGAGCGGCUGCAAAUCAUUUUGGAGAACGGAAUCCCAAUAGUCAGCAACCAGGUACAACAUUCGAUUGUUGACAUGCGACCUCAGCAGAAAAUGGCAGAGCUAUGUGAAGCCACUGGAGUUAAACUUAUAACGUAUGGAACUGUAAUGGGAGGGCUGUUAUCUGAGAAGUUCUUAGAUACCAACUUAUCCAUACCUUUUGCCGGUCCUCCUCUGAACACUCCUUCGCUUCAGAAGUACAAAAGGAUGGUAGAUGCAUGGGGAGGAUGGGGUCAAUUCCAAGUUCUGCUGAAGACCCUUAAGAAAGUAGCCUCCAAACAUGGCGUCUCCAUUCCCACCGUUGCCGUGAAGUACAUACUAGAUCAGCCAGCAGUGGCUGGGUCGAUGGUAGGCGUUCGACUUGGUUUAUCAGAACAUGUCAACGACUCGAAUGCCGUGUUUGCUUUAGAACUGGAUGAAGAAGACGUGAACAGCAUACUGGAAGUGAGCAAGAAAGGGAGGGAUCUAAUGGAAGUGAUCGGUGAUUGUGGCGAUGAAUACAGGCGUUAAAUGAGAAAUUGGAUACUUUGGAGCUGUUUGUGUGCAUUUAUUUGUAAUCGAACUUUAACGAAAUUACGUGAGGUGCAUUUGUAAAACGUAUGUAUAUGUAAAACCAUGCUGCUAUAGGUAGAAAUACUUGAAACUUGAAAGAAGUGAAAUGGCUAUAGUUCACUGUUUCUGGGGUUCACAGCUUCGUCGAGCACUGAUUCAUGCCUGCCUUUGCAAAUUGCAACUUUCCUUCAGCCUUUAUUUUGCAGUCCGCCAACUGCCAUGAACAGUAUGAUAGUGGAGUUCGAAAAGAUCAAGAGAGUUCUAGUUCCAGUAAUCCUCAACCUUUCUUCUUUAGUAAUAGGAGCACGCUUGUUACGGAAUCACAAUAUAAGGGCACCAAGUGCUAUUAACCAUUUGUGCUUUAACCAACAAACAUGUGUGAGAGUGCCCUAGGAGGAACCAUGAAUGGAGAACUUGGAUUCACAGAACUGCAAGUUAUACAUCCAAAUCUCCUUCAGAUAUCCGACUCCGCGUAAUUCCUCAAUAAUGUGAAUACCUCAAG